ACCGCACCCGAACUUCCGGCGCCGGAACCGUGAACCCCAGAUCCGCCGGGGGUGGUGUGUCCCGGGGGCGGGGACCGGCGGAUCUCUGAGGCCCAGAGCUGUAUCUCCAGGUGGCGGGGCCGGCGCCCAGACGUGGAGGCCAAGGGCGCGCUCUGCUGGGACGCGCGGGUUGCCCCUUCGCCCUGUGCCGGCUCGGUCGGUGGGCGGAUACCCCUGCGCGCCCGCCGCGCCUCAGCUCCGCGCUGCGGGCACCGUGCGGGGCUCCUGGCGGACUGCGUCCCCGCCUGCCACGCCCUGCCGAGCGACCCUGGAAUGUGUGUCCAGAUGCCAACCUGGUCACCACAAAGUAUCCUUCUAGACAACUGAAAGGAUCAGCUCUGGCGCCCAGGCUGAGGCCAGCCAGCCCUGAGCCUUAGACCAAGGGAAUGGCAUCCCCCCGGGAGUCCCAGGACCAGGCUUCUGGGGAGGAAGAAGGACUACUGAUUGUGAAGGUAGAAGAUUCCUCCUGGGAGCAGGAAACUGCCCAGCAGGAGGACAGCAGGGAUUCUGAAGCCUGCCGCCAGCGCUUUCGUCAGUUCUGCUAUGAUGAAGUAGGUGGGCCACACGAGGCAUUUAGCCAGCUCUGGGAGCUCUGCUGCCGCUGGCUGCGGCCUGAACUGCGCACCAAGGAGCAGAUCCUGGAGCUGCUGGUGCUGGAGCAGUUCUUGACGGUGCUGCCGGGGAAGAUCCAAUCCCAGGUUCAGAGACAGUGCCCAGGGAACGGUGAAGAAGCUGUUGCCCUGGUGGAGGACCUACAGAAGCAGCCAGUGAAGGCCUGGCCGCAGGAUGUGCCAUCAGAGGAUGAGGAACCAGAGGCUGUGAUCCAGACCUCCCAAGCCAAGGCCACGGUGGGGAUAUGGAGCCGGCUGUCUGCUCCCCAGGAUCAGCGCAGCCAUCGUGCCCAGCUUCCCGCUCUUCUUAAAGAGAGGAGUACCCGAGAGACAACAGAUGCCUGCUUUGCCUCGGGGGUCCAUGGACCUGUGGCAUUGGGAGACAUUCCCUUCUAUUUCUCAAGGGAAGAAUGGGGCUCACUGGACCCAGCUCAGAGGGAUCUCUUCUGGGACAUAAAGCGGGAGAACUCCCGGAACAGCACCCUGGAGACCACUGGGACUGAAAGAGCCGCUUUGUCUCCACCCUUUGCAGGUCUGGAGCUCCACAGUAAGAGCAAGAGGGUCCUGCUGGAGGAGGGGGUGAAGGUGCUGCCGGGCCAAGCAGGUGGCGAAGGGACUGGGUCCUGGAGCCCUGGGCACUCUGAGGCCUGGGAGAGAGACCACCAACCUGGGGUGUCCCCAAGCCGGCCAGUGGGGACGCGGCGGGGACGGCCACCCACACGCAGGCGCCAGUUUCCAGACCUAGCAGCAGAGAAGCCACAUAGCUGUGGGCAGUGCGGCAAACGCUUCCGUUGGGGCUCAGAUUUGGCCCGCCACCAGCGCACACACACUGGAGAGAAGCCACACAAGUGUCCUGAGUGCGACAAGAGCUUCCGCAGCUCUUCGGACCUGGUGCGCCACCAGGGCGUGCACACAGGCGAGAAGCCCUUCUCCUGCACUGAGUGUGGCAAGAGCUUCAGCCGCAGCGCCUACCUGGCUGAUCACCAGCGCAUUCAUACGGGCGAGAAGCCCUUUGGCUGCAGUGACUGUGGCAAGAGCUUCUCACUACGCUCCUACCUGCUGGACCACCGGCGUGUGCACACUGGCGAGCGGCCCUUUGGCUGUGGCGAGUGUGACAAGAGCUUCAAGCAGCGCGCUCACCUCAUAGCCCACCAGAGCCUUCAUGCCAAGAUGGCUCAGCCCGUGGGUUGAGCAGCCAGUGGAACCAUGCUGCCUUCUUUGUGUUCUUGGGGCUUCACCCAUCUUUGGACACUUCCUGGCCUGCUGGAGUGACCCAGGCUCAAGGCUGCCCUGCCUGCCCUCAGGAUGUACCCUGCACUCCCUGGAAGAGAAGUCUGACUGAUGUUGUGUUUUUCCUUUUGCUCUGUGUUUCUCUUUUCCUUAGUUUCCUGGAGCCAUAGCAUAUUCCUGGCAGGGGCAGCAGGGAAUGUGAGGAUUCAGGCAGGGCUUGGGGCUUUUUCCUAGGGCCCCUCGGCCCGAGGUGGCCACUGGCUGUUUGUUUCCUGCCUUCUCAGGUGGUCCAUGGGUCCUGCCCUGCCCACCUGUGCCUUCAGCAGGUGGAGGGCUAGACCCCCAGGAGACUGCUUGGCUUUGGGAGGGUCAGUAGGCCCACACAUACGAGAAAGUGAGGACUGGCUCUGGCCACGGGGAUAUUCUGGCCUGCAUUUCCUUCCAUUUCCAGGCAGUGACCACUCUGUCCUGGCCAGGCCACAGGAAGUUGCCAUGUUUGCUCCUGGCAGAUGUACCUGCCUUCCAGUGAACCUCCAUCUGCCAUUCUGGAUGGUAGGUGGUUGGAAGCCCCCUCUUGCCCCCUCCUCCAAGGCAUAGCCUUGGCUGUACUGAACACUAGCACUCCAUCAGCAUGUCGUUGCUGACUCCUUAAGCACUGCAUUCCAUUUUUUGUCUGCAUUUUGUGCAGAUUUGUAUGAACAGGGACAGACCAGGUCCCUUCUAAAGAGGUCAGGCCGUUGGAUCUCAGAAGGGCUUGAAUAAACAUGGAAAUUUC